AUGGAAGAACCUAACGAUGAGGGCAUCCGGGAGCUCAUGUACCAGCUAGAAAAUGCUGCCAUCAAAUGCUCUGAAAGAUGCCUCUAUCAAUCGUCAAAAUGGGCUGCUGAAAUGCUUGAUUCUAUCCGACCUUUGGAGCAUGAAGACACCGAUCUCGAGUCUCCGAUGGAGAUUUCAGACCCAAUCCCGCCAGCUACGAACCCUUAUCUCCAAGUCCGCGACCCAGUAGAAGCUUCCCUUGAGGCACAAGAAUCAUACAAGUACCUUCUGGCCAAGUCUUUCUUUGAUACCCGUGAAUAUGACCGCUGUGCGGCCGUAUUUCUCCCUCCAACAACGCCUCCAGUCCCUUUAUCAGUUACCUCGCCCAACUCCAAGUCAAGACCACCACGGACCUCUCACAAGAGCAAGGACAAGGCUUCGCCCUUCCAAACCCCAAAGACCCAGAAGAAUCAAAUAUCCCAGAACCCAUAUCCCAGGCUCAGUCAAAAAUCGCUCUUUCUUGCCCUCUAUGCUAAAUAUUUAGCCGGAGAAAAGCGCAAAGAAGAAGAAACAGAGAUGGUGUUGGGCCCUGCGGACGGUGGGAUGGCGGUCAACCGAGAGUUAUCCGGUCUUGCCAGAGGUCUAGAUGGAUGGCUAUCUGACCGCUCCGCACAAGGGUUAGAUGAUCGAGGGCAGGGAUGGCUGGAGUAUCUCUAUGCUGUUGUCUUGUUAAAAGGACGCAAUGAAGAGCUGGCGAAGAAGUGGCUCAUUCGCUGUGUGCACCAAAACCCAUACCAUUGGGGCGCCUGGCAGGAACUAAACGAUCUUCUAGGCAGUACAGAGGAUUUGAAACAAAUCCUUGAACUUUUGCCACAAAACGUGAUGAGCUUAAUAUUCUACGUCUAUUGCAGCCAGGAGCUGUAUCAGGCCACGGAAGACACAUAUCGAUCGCUGUCCGAACUACAGUCAAUGUUCCCUGAAAGUGCUUUCCUCAAAACGCAACAUGCAUUGUUGUUAUAUCAUUCGAAAGACUUCGAGGAAGCAUCACACAUAUUCGAAGAUAUUCUGGCCACAUCACCUCACCGUCUAGAUAGUCUAGACCACUAUUCGAACAUCCUUUAUGUUAUGGACCACCGACCUCAGCUUGCGUUCGUCGCUCAAGUUGCAACAGCCACCGAUAAGUUCCGUCCGGAAACCUGCUGUGUCGUGGGUAAUUACUACUCAUUAAAAUCUGAGCAUGAGAAGGCAGUCAUGUACUUCCGACGUGCACUCACCCUCGACCGCAACUUUUUGUCCGCAUGGACACUUAUGGGCCAUGAGUACAUUGAGAUGAAGAAUACUCACACCGCUAUCGAAUCAUACCGCCGAGCUGUCGAUGUCAAUCGCAAGGACUACCGCGCUUGGUAUGGUCUUGGACAGGCUUAUGAAGUCUUAGACAUGUCUUUCUAUGCCUUGUUCUACUACCAGCGCGCCGCAGCACUGCGUCCCUAUGACCCAAAGAUGUGGCAGGCAGUCGGAUCCUGCUACGCGAAAAUGGGCCGUGUGGAACAGAGCAUCCAAGCUCUGAAGCGUGCACUGGUGGCCGGGUCAUUACAGCCGGAUGAUAGCGGACAACCGGGCGCCGGUGCAGGCGCGGGCUCUGGGAGCCGCAAGAUUCUAGACCCAGAAACCCUGCAUCAAAUCGCGACUCUGUACGAGCGCCUCGGUGACGAGGAAGAGGCCGCCGCGUACAUGGAACUUACUCUCCAACAAGAGUCUGGCGCUCCCCCCAUUGAGGAUUCAGAUGAUGGCGAAUCCUCUCCCUCCGAGCAUGGCAAUCAAAGCGACGCCGAGAUCGAGCAUUCGGGAGACGAAGAGCCUGAUAGGUCACAGCGACGCCGUCGCAAUCGCAAGCCCCGCGCUAAGGCCGAGUCCUUCGCUGCGCAGAACGAUGACUCCAUCGUUAGUGAGACGUGGAACGGCACUGGCGUUACAGCUACUACGUCAAAAGCACGGUUGUGGUUGGCACAGUACGCCUCCCGCAGUGGCGAUCUUGACCGUGCAGACCAGCUCGCAAGCGAAUUGUGUCAGGAUGGAAUUGAGGUGGAGGAGGCAAAGGCAUUGAUGAGAGACGUUCGAGCGAGACGGGAAGGUGCGGCAUGA